AUGGCCCUCGUUCCUGUUGACACGUCCGCGCUCGCCGGCCCCCACCCACCUACUUUUCCACCUCCUGAAACCUUCGACUUCAUCCCCCAAACCUACGACCUCCUUGUCCGUCUACUGCCUCAGAAUUCGUCAACAUCUCCACAUACACAGACAAACCUUCCUCCGAUUGAGCCGAAGGAUGUUGAUGCAGAAGGUUCGCGGAUAAGAAUCAAGAUUCAAAAGGCCAGGGCGACACUUAAUGAUUUACCUGACAUCAAAAGGUCAAUUCAAGAGCAGGAGGAAGAAAUGAAAGCUCUGGAAGAGAAGAUUAGGAAACAGAGGGAGGUUCUGGGUAGAAUUCGGGAGUUAAAGGCGGUUAAAGACGCGAAGGGGCAGUAG